CCGCCGUCGCCGUCGCUCUUGCUCUCCCGUGUCUCUUCGUUUCUCGGGACACUCUCGUAUAAGCGCGGCCGUGUCGCGCUACCACCUUAUAAAACGUGCGCCGCAGUAUCGCGCGCUCUCGUGGUCGGCGCACGGCGGUGGUGCGGAGAGGCGCGCAAGGCGCGAGAGGAGCGCGAAUCGAGAGAUCGCUCGGAGUAGCGGCUUGGAGUUGCGAGAGAGCGCGACGCUUUCCGACCGGGAGGCUUUCUCGCGGUGUUUCGCUUCGCGUGCCUUCGCUUCGUUCCCUCGUCACCGUGCGAGAGUGCGCGAGGUGUGUGUUGUAACAUACGUGCAUGUGCGUGGUGUCCGCGCGCGCGCGCGCGCGUAGUAAUGCGGAACGUCCGCGUGAGGAUCGCGUGUCCGGACUUAUGCGUAUUACCGUCUCGAUGCGACACGCCGAAUAGGAAAAACGAGGGGUAGAUUACGUAGUGGCGAGAUAGUGUGCAGAAAGUUUUGUGCAAUGAACGGUCGUUAAUAGACCAGUGCCACGGCUUCGACGACGACGACGACGACGACGACGACGACGAGGAAGGAGAUCGAGAAAGAGAAAACGAGAAAGGAACAAAAGGAGAAGGAGGAGGACGCGCUAUAUGCGUAAGACACCAGCACGAGUGCCAGGACCGAGUGCGAGAGAAUAACUGGCUGAUAAACGGCGGAAGGAGAAGAGAGAGAAAGAGAGAGGAAGAGAGAGAGGGAGUGAGAAAGAACAAGGUAGCCGCCGCGAGAGACCAAGAGUCGCCAAGAUGCAUCUCCACGGUGGUCUGAUGUUGCCGAUUCUAUUCAUCAUUGCCUCCUGUCCUUUGACGCUGCAUGCGCGAAAAGUCGCACCCUUAAUCGAGGACGACUGGGCGAGAAGACCGCAUCGGGCCGCCGAAUGUACCUUCGGCAAGCAGAUUCGCGAGCUGGGCUCGACAUGGUUCGCGGACUUGGGACCGCCCUUCGGAGUCAUGUAUUGCAUCAAAUGCGAGUGCAUACCGGUGCAAAAGAAGCGACGGAUCAUCGCGAGAGUUCAAUGCCGCAAUAUUAAGAAUGACUGUCCCAAACUCACGUGCGACGAACCAGUUCUACUCCCGGGUCGAUGCUGCAAAUCUUGUCCUGGUGACUUCAACGCAGAUAUAGUCCAAGAUCUGCCAGCACAAUUGACCUCGGAGGAAGAGGAGCGGAGCCUGAAACAUUUCGGCACCCUGUUAACGGGCAGAACGUCGCAGUCUCUGCGCAGUCGCGACGAUCCGACCCCGAUGUCGAUUUACAACAACAACGCGUACAACUACCUGGCGACCGGUCGCUUCACGUUCCACCGCAAGAAUCUCUAUUACGCGUUCUACUUAUCCGCGUCGACGCCCCGGCCGCGUAGCAUUCAGUUCGUCGACGGGUCCGGCAGCAUCCUCGAGGAGCAGGUGAUCGACCCGGUCGGUGGCGCGUAUCAGAACGCUACGGGGAAGCUCUGCGGGGUGUGGAGACGUGUGCCGCGCGACUAUCGCAAGUUGUUGCGCGAGGAGAGGCUGCACGUGUCCUUCCUCUGGGAGCCCUUGUCGAGCCUGACCGGCCAGUUGUCGCGCUACCGCGCGCUCUCGACCGAGCAGUUCUCCUCGCUCUUGGAGCCGACGAUGGGCGUCGACCGGACGCUGAUGUCCGGCGCGGGCGCGACCGCGAUCGUGUCCGCCUCGUCCGCCUCGGCGCCGUCGAUUCACGUAUCGCUCGUCUUCAACGGUCUCUUCCUGCCGAACGACGUGGCUGACGUCCCGUUAAUCGUCCAACUGGAGCAUUACGAGAAGGAUUACGUGGUCCUUCGCGAGGAGAUAAUGGUGAGGAAGCCGUCGAACGAGCUGAAUUACGGCGAGGUUCGCAGCGCGCUUUCCGGGACUGAUCUUCGUUUGUUGGCUCGGGGCAAGUUGUCUAUCAGUAUAAUGUCCCGCAAGGAUCCGCAGGCUCUGCGACUCACCGGUACGGUUGGUCCACGCGCGACUUGCGACAUGUAUCAGACACUGCUGUUGUCGGAAACGCCGUCCCUGGCGUCUGGAUUAGCCUGGGCCUUCCUGGACCGUAUCGGUGCCCUACGUUACGGAGUUCAGUUGAUAGGACUCGAAGAGGAGAGUCCUCUAGUGACACUCGUGGACGAGGGAGGAAAACGGAGGAUGGAACUCGAGGAUCUGACACCCUCCUUGGUCGGCGGCCUGGCGAAUGGUUCCUUGGACCGGCCCGGACCGAGACUGUUACAACCGCUCUUCAACGAGGAGCUCUCCGUGAUCGCUGCCAGUCAUCUCGGCUCCAUGUUGCGCGGCAGACUCCUGGAGAGACCAGUAGCAGACGCCAGAGACACGGCCGCGCCCGUGCUGCUGCAGAGAAGACGAAUUAAGGAGCCGACGCAUUCCGGACCGGUCGGCUUGAUAUGGAUCGCGGUGGACCUGGACUGCUCCCUGCACUACGAACUGGAACUCGCUGGUUUCCCGCCCUCCUCUCCGGAACCGUGGACGUUCCGUUUGUACUUGGAAACGAUGCCGAUGUUGGCGCAGGGAGCGCCCGUCGCCAGAAGACUCCUCGAAGAAUUCACGGGGUAUUCCUUAGAGGGCUCGGUUACUGGAUUGUCGUCGAUGGAGCUCUACAGAAUCGAGACAGGCAUCGGUUUUCUCGAGGUAACGGAUAAAAACGUCACUCACAUUCUGAAAGCCCCUUUCAAGGCCAGGGCGCCGAUUAGCUGUCUUCCGUAUUACGCCGACAACGACGUUGCGUCCGUGGUAGCGUACAAUCUACAACCACCUAGAUCGGAUAUCGAGACUGGUGCGUGUUUCCACGAGACCAGAUUUUACGAGGAGGGUACGCAAUGGACCUCGAGCUCGGAUCCCUGCUCGAUGUGUCAUUGUUAUCGCGGUUUGGCUCAAUGCGACACGGUACCCUGCCCGACGGUCUCUUGCGCAUUGGGAAAACAACUCAAGCAACCACCGAGCGGCCACUGUUGUCCGAUAUGCGCAACGCCAAUGAGUAGCGAAAGUAACGUUACGACCAAUAUCACGAGAGGUUGCACGUUGGCCGGACAAUAUCAUCUCGCGGGAUCAUCCUGGCAUCCGUAUUUACCACCAGUAGGAUUCGACACUUGUGCAGUUUGUACUUGCGACGCUGUCACGUUGGAGGUGAAAUGUCCGCGGGUGCAGUGUCCGCCGCUCGAGUGCGACGAGAAAAUCGCCUUCAGGCCGGACAAGAAAGCCUGCUGCAGACAAUGCCCGGCGACGACGCCUCGUAGCAACGUGGUCACCACGGCGACGAGCGACACCCUACGGCUACCGAGGGAUCAGGCGUUACCCUCGGUGCGACGCACCGCGGAGGAGAUACUCUCUUCCGGUGGUUGCAAAUAUCCUCUCGGCGGGCCCUACGAGAACGGCAUGGAGUGGCAUCCCCGGGUGCACUCGCACGGCGAGAUGAAGUGCGUCAAGUGCCGUUGCAAGGUGAGAAAUCCCGGAAUCCGAAUGUCGUCGGGAAACGGAAAGUAAAGCGUAAGCGUGAGCGCAACAAAGACCAAUAUAUAAAGGCGUCAUCUGAUUUUUGAAUUUUCAUCGUUUCCCGAGAGAGGUUGGAUUUGCGAAGUUGAAUCUCGCUUGCGAUCUCGCUUUAUCAGGCGUAUACCUAAUCAUCUUAAUCGAACCGACGAGACGGGGCGAGAGAGACGGGGCGAGUCUCUUGCGGUCGCGUCUUGUUGCCAAGCAGAGAAGUCUUAGAACUCGCUUUACUUUUGUUCGUUAUAUACUCAAUUCGUUCGUUAGACGGUAGUCGUACGGUCGCGAUCGUCUCGUUGCGUUAUCCAGACGCGGACGCGGCGAAAGAUCUCUAAGGAGGAGACCUUUAACCGUGACUCGUUUCGCCUGGCUCGACCAUUAUAGGGUCCAUCCAUUACGAUGAAAAUGGAACGCCGCGGCCUCGGCUGGCUUGCGUCGCGACGCGACGCGACGUCAUGGGACGGAACGAAAAAUAAUCGUCUCGAUCGUGAGAAACGGAUUUUGUAUUUCCAACAGAGCUCGUUGCACCGGUUCUUCUCGCGUUUCGCUUUUAUUACUCGCGCUCGGUCUUUUUCGUUGAUGGAUAAACAUCGUCUCGCUAUAUAUACAUU